UUCUUCAGCCAUUUAGCAGAGACACAGAGAGAGAGAGAUGACAGGGGUUUCAGAAGGAGAGGGUGUUUCGCUCGAGGAGUUGAAGAAGAAAAUGGCGGAUUUUGCGAGGGAAAGAGACUGGGAUCAAUUUCACAGCCCGAGAAAUCUCCUUCUAGCUCUGGUAGGAGAAGUGGGAGAGUUAUCUGAGAUUUUUCAGUGGAAAGGAGAGGUACCAAAAGGACUACCAGAUUGGAAAGAAGAAGAGAAGGUACACCUGGGUGAAGAACUUUCAGACGUUCUGCUCUACCUUGUCAGGCUCUCUGAUAUCUGUGGAGUUGAUCUCGGUAAAGCAGCUCUCCGUAAGGUCAAGCUUAACGCCAUUAAAUACCCAGUGAAUCUCUCCCAGGGUGGUUCUUCAGAAAAGCAAACCCACUUCACCAACACCAACACCAACACCGACGAUAGCAGCAACAAGAGCUUCUCUGAAAGCGAUUGAUCUUAACUUAAUUUUUCUCAUCUGGGUAAACUUUGUUUAUGGCGUUUUUAGGCUUUUUAAUGGUUUAAGGGCCCUAAUAUUUGCAUCCAACUAUGUUGUAAUAU